AUGUCGCCAUAUACUACGGGAGUGAACCGACCAGGACCAGCGGUCUCAGAGAGUGUUCUGGUCAAUUCUUCAUCUUGCUGGGAUGAUAGCAGGGUCGGGUCGGAGCGUGGGAAAGAGGCCGCCCUUGCCCAGAAGAUCCUGGACAUUGUUCCAACCAGAUGUUACUCAAGUCUGCAGCCCACAACAUUGGGGUCAUGUCUGGGCAGCCCUGGAACCCUUGAGCCCAAAAAGUGGCUCGCCUAUUGGGACCCUCUCGAGCCUAUCUUUCCUAUGCGUGAGGGUUCAGAGGCCGUCUUCAAGCCGCCUCAGUCUGGCGAUGGGUUGGAGUUCGUCUUGAAAAUGCGGGCACCCACCCUUUUCCCUCUUCGCAGCUUGUUUGAGAUACAGUGA